AUGAUUGAAAAUUCGAAUAGUGAAGUUUCUACAUCGGGAAAUAAAAACGAGACUGCUCUCAUAAAGGACAACUACGAUGGCUCUAAUUACGACGAAUGCGACAACUACGACGGUGUGGAUGACGAUAAAAACAUCCAAAGUCGUAACAUCGAGAUCAUAGAGCGAUUGGAUGAUGAUGAGAUUAAGAAAUUGAGUUAUUUCCAGAGUUUGAUGAACUUCGUAAAAGCCUGUAUAGGAACUGGGGUGUUUGCUCUGCCGAUUGCCUUCAAGUAUGGAGGACUCUGGAUCAGCUUCGUUUACUUAGCGUUCUUUGGAUUGGUAACCACCCAUGCAAUGCAUCUCCUCAUUAAAUCUUCGAGAUUUGUUUCUCAGAAAGCAAACAGAUCAGGAAUGAACUACGGCCAGGUUGUUGAAGAAGUUUGUCUGCUGGGUCCUCAACCAAUCAGGAACAUUUCCAAACAUUUGAAAAUUUUCACUUACUUUAUUCUGUGUCUAACGCAAUUUGGCUUCAGCGCGUCUUACAUCGUGUUCGUGGCCUACAACGUCCAAGUGGUAGUGGAAGAAUAUUUACCCUCAAUGCAAUGUUCCACUCUUAUUUAUCACUCGAUCAUCGCCCUUUUCCUCAUCCCAACCUUGUGCAUCACACACCUGAAGACACUUUCGUUUUUCUCUCUAGUCGCAAAUAUCCUGAUAGCACUCAGUUUGGGAGUCGUGUUGUACAGUUGCUUCGUUGGCAUGCCCCCCGUCGAUUCCAGGCAAGCUUAUGGCUCAUGGAAAGAUUUUCCGCGUUUCUUCAGCAUCGCCUCAUUCGCGUUCGAUGGAACUGCGAUGAUCAUACCAACUGAGAACCACAUUAAAAAUCCAAAAAGUUUAGACGGAACGUUCGGAAUCAUCAACAUCGCCAUGCUUUUUGUAACGAUUUCCUAUUUGGGUAAAGUUCAUUUUAUAUCUUGUAUCAGUUUCCAACAUCUUGCACAACUUAUCGGGUUCUUUGGUUUCCUCAAAUAUGGAGAAGCCGUUAAAAGCAGUGUAACUUUGAAUCUUCCGAACACGAUAUUUUACAACGUCGUUCGGCUCCUACUUGCACUAUCCAUAUUCAUGUCGUAUGCCAUCCCGUUCUACAUUCCAAUAAACUUCAUCUGGUCCAUUCUUCAACCGAAACUAACCGAUCGUGCUUUCUUUCACAAGUUCGGAGAGUAUUUCUUGAAGAUGUUCUUUCACGUCAUAAUAUUCGCAUUUGUUGUAGCGGUGCCACACCUGGAGUCGAUAAUAGCCUUGAUAGGAGCUCUGUUCAACACUCCAUUAGCUAUCGCUCUACCUGCACUCCUCGACAUCAUCCUUUGCCAUUUUCUCAGAAGUUACGAAAGUCUCCCUCCAAUAAGACGUCCGCUCUGGCUAAAAUUGAAAAUAUUCAAAAAUUGCUUCAUCGUUUUUCUUGGUACUGCAGGGACUGUUGUAGGCACCCUGGUGACUGUGGUCAGGAUUGUAAGAGUUUCAAUAAAUUUUUAA